AUGGAGGGGCUACGGCGGUACCUCGAGUCGUCGCAGUUGGCCGAUGUAGAAGUGGAGGCCGACGGUCGCCUUUUCCCUGCUCACCGCAUCGUCUUGGCCCGCCACUCUCUGCUGUUGCGGCAACUCUUCCAGAAUCUGCACGACUCACCCCAUUUCGCUCUGCCGCAUCGCCUCAUCGUUCGAUCUGAGAAAGGAGAACACACGACUGAAUGGACGAAGGGUCGUGACGACGUCAUGGAGGGUGCCAACAAGAUCGAAGUCGUUCUGCCGCCGGGGGCAUGGCCGUUGGUGGCGUCGUUCAUGUACCAAGGCUCCGUUCUGCUGCACCCCAACAACGUCCUGCCCCUCUUCGACAGUCUAUCGGGCCUCGCCGCUGCCGAAGAGCACUGCCUGGCCCGCAUUGCGCACGAUCUGCCGACGCUGGUGCGGGCCGACGUCGAAGGGUUUGCCCGGCUCGCGCCAGCCCAGCUGGUCAAGCUCUACCGCCGGUCCGAUCUCAACACAGAGGGCAACGAAUACCUCCUGUGGCACAUUCUGGCCCGAUGGACCCAAGCCAAUCUCCCACCGUCGCUCGCCCUUGGUGACCUGCGCCACCACCGCGGAGUGGAUGCCGGCGCUGAGCAAGUGGUCGAGAACGAAGAUGAAGAUAAAGGGGAGGUGAGCGAAGUGCACGAGUUCAUGCGGGAGGCGCUGGGUAUGAUCAGGUUCGCACUGUUCACGACGCCGCAGCUGGUCGAGGUCCAGAAGAGUGCCCUCGCCGUCCGACUGCUGCCCGAGGGCUACUUCCUGCGGGUCUACGCCCACAAGCUCGAACUACAGCAAUUUCCCACCACGACGCCCAGCACCGCGACCGCGUCGGCCGACAACAAGACGGUGGUCAUCGGGCAGGUCAUCACGGGCGCCAUGGACCAGUCGUUCCUGUGGCGGAUACACCAGGUGAGGGAGACACUCGGCCUGGACGAUCUCCUGAGCACGGCGACUCGCACGUUCAGAAGCCCCUCGUUCGCGCUCGACGGGUCAAAGAGGCAGUUCGUGCUCAGUUACAAUGCCAUGGAGCGCAGUCUCAGAUUGUAUGUUGCGCGAUCCCGUGCAGUCAGCGAUGGCAUCCGCGGCGACGCACAGCUUCCGGAGCUGGUGGACGACAGCGAUUUCCCAAGUGGCCGGAGAACGACGACGCAUUACGUUGCGGUGGUGCAUCCCCAGAGCUCACACGACUCGAUCACUCAGGAGGUGACGCCCCAAUCGGCCGCCCUGCGGGUCGCGCUGGUCGACCUGACUAGCCAGGGCUUUCUCGGGCGCGCCUCGGAGGACAGCAGCAGCGACCUCCUGCUCGUUCGGCUCCUCUCUGUUUCACUGCCUUCACGGUCGGCGCCUGCUUCGCAUCUCACCAACGCCAUCAACGAGGAGGGCGAGGACGUCGCUGUCGACACAAACCAGCACGCCGGCGACCAACUGCUGGCCCAGAAGGAGGAGAACGGCCAGGGCGAGUCGAUGAUCGACUUCAUGCACUUCUUUAACAGCGGAAAGCUUGCUGACGUCACCCUCCGGCUGGUCGACGAAAACGAUGGCGAAAACGAAGAUGAAAACGAAAACGAAGGCAAAAGCGAAAGCGAAGGCAAAGUCCAGGGCCGGGUGGUGGUCAAGGAGGUGAAGGCGCAUCGAUUGCUGCUGUGCUGCGGUUCGGACUACUUCGAUUCGAUGUUCGGAUCCCCGUGGAGCGAAGCGCUUACGAACGAGGUGUGCAUUCCACUCGCUUCGGGCGAUGACGACAGCCACCCUACCGGCGUACAGCUUCUCGAGAAGGGCGAGGUGGGCAUGUUCACCGAAAUGAUCGCCUCCUUCUACGGCAAGACCAUCACGCCCGACGAAAGCAACGUGCUGCCGCUGCUCAAGAUAUCGCUUCGAUUUCUGGCGCACGCACUUUCCGAAAGUUGCUUGGCCUGGCUUAAGGAGGCAGCUGACGUAGAACAGCUGUUCUCGCUCUUGUUGAGGGCCAAUCACCUCAACCUCCCGCAAGCCCAAGGCUUUGGCUUCCAGGCGAUGACCGAGUACGUGGCUGCUGCGCGCUUAGAUUGCUUGAUGAACAGACUCGCGAGCGAGUUUGGCGGGAUGGUGCACCGUGGGCAGAUGCACCUCUUCGAGCAGCUGCCCUACGAACAGAUUGUCGAGUUGACCCAACGCGACCAGCUCUACACCCUCAGCGAAUACCAGGUGUGGUUGGUCAUGUCGCACUAUAUCAACACGCACGGACAGGAACUACACGAGUCCGAGGCGGCGCUAGCGUUCCGCCUGGCGCACCACGAGCCCCUUCCUUCGUCCGAUGUGGCCUACGGUCAGGGGGCCACGAGACCGCGUUCGAGGGACGGCCUGUGGUGCUUCACGAUUCCCGGUAUCGAGCGGUUGCUGGACGCCGAGAAGCGGCGCAAGAUUCAGCGCAAGGAGCACAAGCGGCUCGAGGAGAAGGCCCGCAACCCGGCCCUCAUCAACGUCUACUACUCGACGCCGACGUCGUCGUCAAAUAUCAGCACCAACUCGCCCAGCAGUCGGCAGAGCAAAGCCAAGCGCUCGGCGGGCGGCGCAAACAGUGUACAGAGCUCCGAAGCGUUCGUCGACCGCGAAGGCUGCAGCUGGACGCUACGCCUGGUCCCCGAGUUCAGGCAGGGCCAACAGUUCGUCUCGCUGGAGAUCGAGUUCUACCCGCCGGCCAGCACAGCGCACCACCUGCUCAGUCGUCACCGCACCGGCGCCCAACCUUCGGGUCGGAUCGAGGAGGCCCAGCUGUCGGCGUCGAGCCUGGCAGCGAGGUUCGGCAUGGUGUUCGCGGGUCGUGUCAUCCUCCAAUUCAUCACCCACCGAUCAAGCGAGAGUUCCCCAUUCGCGUUCCGUUAUCCCAACAAGCGGGUGGCCUACACGCAGCUCUUCACAAUAGGCGAUCUGCGCUCGCUGCGCUUGAUCGACGACGCGGUCGCCUAUCCUGGUCGCGACGCGCUCACUAUCCAAUUCGAGGUGCGGCUGGACCCUCGCAGGUCCCAGCCCAGCAGCUUCGAACGGCUCGUCACGGCGCGCUUCCGGCAUCAGCCGCCUCGGCGCAGCGACGACGGUGCGGGCAGUCAGUACCAGCAUGAGCCAGCGGCGGCCGAGGAGGCCGAGUUUCUAUGCGAGGUGGUCGACAAGACCCAGCUGCCCGCGGUGCUGGCGGGCUACGGCGUGCUGCCCGACGGUCGCGGGCUGGUGGUGGUGGUGGGCGGCCGCGAGCGGCGCGACGCCCACGUCGACUCCCUCCAGAUCCGGGGCGCCAAGACCGAGGUCGACGUCGUGCUCGUGGACAGUAGGAAGCGGGUCGUCGCCAUCGAGCACCGCCUAGUGUUCGCCACCAUCAGCGCCAACGCCAACCACGCGUGCUACGUGCUCGUCGUCAACACUCGAGACCGGGCGAAGCUCCUGCCUCACCUCGCACCCUGCGACACCGCCGACGUUGAUUGCUAA